AUGAAUGAUCUCUCGCAAUACCUCUAUUUCAUCGAACAAUCGCAUCUCAACCAGUCCGCUGGCCGCAUCGAAGCCUCCAAAAAAGAUGCCAUCGCUGCUAUCAAAAUCCUAAACACUUUAGCAAAGACCCUCGCGAAAGAAGAUAAGUGUUACAACAUUGUUCAGCAAUUGUCUCGCUACACACUUGCCUACUAUGACCAGAUCGACAAAGACGGUUUAUCCUUAUCGACCAAGAUGGAAUGGCUAGGCUCAAAAAGCUACAUGCCGCUUAUUAGCUUCUCGAGCUCUUUGAAUUCGGCUGAUUCCAAGUUCAUAGCGAUAAACGAAAUGUACAUCGAUCCAGAUUCGAAUCUCGAGCAGGUCCCGGAUAGACUCUCUGUUGGGUUCAAAAAUGUGACUAUUCAACCUUUUGGAUCGACUUCUCAUGAUUUAACUGACUUGUACCAGGACUUGCUAGCCAAUUGUUCGUUUGUAUCUUCGGUGUUGUCUAUUGUGGAUUCACAGGCAAAGACAUCGCUCAAAUUGCAAGACUUGAUAAGUCCUCAUGGCCCCAGCAAUAAGUAUAAGAUAGUAUUCAACUUCAAUGGGGCUAGGCGUGUGGUUUGUGUGGAUAGUAGGUUGCCGUUUCCAAAUGUAGAUCGUAGUCUUUUUCUUUCAUCAUUUUCUGACCACAGUCUAUACUGGCCAGCAAUGGUGGAAAAGGCUUUCUUGAAAGUCAUGGGUGAAGGCUAUGCCUUCAGCGGCUCAAAUAUGGCUAUGGACACAUACCUACUCUCAGGCUGGAUUCCUGAGAUCAUCCGUAUCAGGAACAAUAUGCUCCCUCCUCAGUUCGAAACGCUCUGGAAAUUGCUUCAAGAAGGUGAAGUUCUCUUGGGAGUUGGGACUGGUAAAUUGAGUAACGAGCUUGCCAAGCAGUUGAAUCUCAUUUCGCAUCAUGAUUAUACAAUGGUGUCAAUGAAUUCAGAUGGAUCAAUAGUACUAAAGAAUCCCUGGAUAGAGCGGGAAAAUAUCAAUACCAGAUUCAUUACCAUCGACGAAUUCACUCAUGUUAAGUCCCUCUAUGUGAACUGGAAAAACAAUUUCCGUAUGUGUUCAAAAGUCACAUUUAUACAUCGUGGCUCUUCAAAAUAUUUCUUUGAGAAUCCACAGUAUUCCAUAACAAACAAGUCUGAUGAAAUUCAAGACGUGUGGUUACUCCUUGAACGACACUUGCUGGGUGAGGACAUUAGCAUCAGACUAGGUGUAUACAAGUCGGAAAAUGGUGACAGAGUACUCAUACCCAACCAGUUUGAAUUCAUCAAUGCAUCAGAUAGAGAUACCAACAAUAGGCUAUACCUUGUGAAGUUGAAGAUUGAACCUCGAAAAUCGUAUACGGCAGUAGUGACAAGUAGUUCGGGCUGUACAUUCACUUUGUCUUGCUUAAGUAAUAUCAAUACCGACAUCGUCAAAGCCAGAUUUGCUAACCCUAAUAGCUUACCAGUCCAAGAAGAUGAAUGGGAUAUUACAAAUUCAGGUGGAAACUGGUCCUUCUCCAGCUUCAUAAAUAAUCCACAGUAUUCUAUUGAAAUAACUGCUGAGUCGAAUCUUCAACUUGCACUUUUCAGUAAUUCUCCAAAGACUGUAGUGAACUUUCAUUUGUUUCAUUCCGAAAAGGGUAGUAUAAACAUUCCACUCAGAACCUUUGAUAAGAAGAAAUUAUUGCUACAUGAAAACUACAACGAAGGCUAUCAAAUCUACCAUUUCAGGAACUUGCAGCCAGGCUAUUAUAAACUUGUACUAUCUACUUUUGAUGUUGGAGUACGGGACGGCUAUCAGUUGCUUGCUAACUUUAGUGAGGUGAGUAGUGUCAAGAUUUCCAAGAUUUGGAAUCAUCUUGGGCUAUUUACAGAGAAGAGGCAGAUCGAAUGGAGUAACUCCAACAGGUUCAAACUCCAUUUUUCAGUUGACAACUUCAAAUCCAAGAUGACGUUUCACAUUCAACACAGAAAUGGUGCAAAUGAAUAUGAGUCUCUGUCUAGCUAUAGACCUGGAAUAAGAGCGUCUAUAUUCCACGCUCGAACCCAAGCUCCGAUACAAAUCAACGAAAACUGGAGUGAGAGCUUGUACGGUGUCUUUGUGGACUGCUUCUUGGAAUGGCCGGGAGAAUUCAUUCUCUUGGUUGAAAGGUUCGAACAGGGCCCAGGUCGAUGUACUGUUGAAAUUGGAUCCAGUACGAAGUUUUCUCUAACAACGUAA